AUGUUCACCAAGGUCACCCUCCUCGCCGCCCUCGCCGCCGCUGCCAACGCGCUCACCAUCUCGACCCCCGCUUCGCUCGUCGAGUGCCAGCCGGUCCAGCUCUCGUGGACUGACGGCACCGCCCCUUACUACCCCUCGAUCAUCCCCGGUGGUGAGGCUUCGUCUGCGGCCCUCGUCACUUUCGACACCCAGUCGGCCACCACCUACACCUGGACCGUCAACCUUGCCUCGGGCACCAACGUGUGA